GGAAUUGAAGUCAGUAAUGUCAGAAGCUUUGCGAAGAAUUCGCAAGUAUUUCAUGAAUUGAGCUUUUAUUUCUGGGCUAGUAGAAAAAGUCGGGGUUCGCGGGGGAAAGUAGCACAUGUGAAAAGGAAUCAAAAACGUUGCGCCUGACAGGACAUCCAUACAUCCACCCCACUGUUGUGUCAAUAUUCUCAUAAUAAAAAGCAUUGAAAAAAAAAUCAUAUACAUCUCAUCACCAUACACAAACGAAUCACCUAAUAAACCACUAGAUGAAAGUAGUCUGGCGUACAGCAGCUGCUGUGGAAUAUUUUGGUAGGUCGGAGGCGGCGGCGGUUUGUAUGCAAGUGUCUGCAGUAGAAAUUGAACAGGAAGUGAGGUUAUGCACGUCAUCGACGGUGCAGCGGCGGGGCGGGAAGCGCGGGAGAUUUGAAAUGAUGGCAGCGGAUGAGCCGCAGCAGGCGUUCACCCACGACGACGAUUUCCAUGAUAUCGUGAACGACAAGGAUACGCUGCGGAGAGCGACAGAACGCUUCCUGGUCAACAUGAUUGACGAGCUUACGCUAGGCAUCAUCUUCGACACGCACCGCAAGUACAAGACGCGCGCCUUCGAUCUGGACGGCGACGGAUCUCCCUGCAAUGACAUUGGAAACGAUACCAGCGUUGAUAUCUUCGGCCAACACAACAUGAAGAAGACGCAGGAGUGCGAAUGUCCCAAUUGCGAUAGGGCCGUGGUGGCCGCAAGGUUUGCGCCACAUUUGGAAGCCUGCUUGGGCAUGGGACGCAGCAGGUCGAGGAACGCGAGCAGAAGGAUCGCCAAUAACAAUAGUAACAAUAACAACAAGGAUCGCGAUAGCAACAUGUACAGCGAGCUACCUAGCGACGAUGAGUUCGAUGACUCCGGUGACAAGAGGCGGAAGAAGAAGCACAGGAACGGCAACAAGAAAGGAAAAGGCACGCCUAAAAAGUUGAUCAGCGAGACUGAGCCAAUUGAGACUACCACAGUCGACAUCGAGGGCGACGAGGAUGGUGAUGUUAGCCUGAAAGACUUCUUGCAGGACAAUUCGAACCAUUCUUCGCCUGUCGAUGUCAGCGCACCUGCCACGCCCAAUUCAAACAAAAGCAAGAAGGAUAAAAACAAGAAUAAGAAGAAUAAGCGCGACAGGACAUCGCCGAGCACUAGUCUUGAAUGAUUCAGGGCUUCGCGGUUUUCCUGCGUUCAUUUUUCCUUCAAUUCCCGAUUAGUCAACAUAAAGGAAUAAUCGUACGCCACAUGAGGCGUCUCUGUCCAUCCAUUCUUGUGACAACAGAUUGGUUUAUAGCCGAAAGCGAUUAGACACUGAACUCUGCCAGCUUUCAACAAUAUUCAUGAACGUUAUUCAGUUAUCCACGAUAAUUUAUGUAACUGCUCAUCGGAUAAUGUUGAUAACUACUGACUCAGUUCGUCAUGUUUAUCUUGUCUUUUCAUAAUUA